GUAGUCGUGUCAUCCAGGUUUCGCACUUCCUGGUGGUUUGACAACAGUUUGUGUCAGAGAAAACAAACAUGUCGGGUUCCUCCUCAGCGUGAAGCUGCUGUUCGUGUCUGUGAAGCCGCUGCAGAGCGCGAGACAGAAGAGGAAACCGGCAGCUAACGUGCUUAUGUGCUAAUGGACGUGUUGUUGCGCGUUUUCCCUCCAGACGUCGUUUCACGUUUAGCUUCAUCGGCGGAGGCGAGUGCGGACAUGUAGCUACUGUGGAGUGUUUCUGAGAAGCAUCCUCGUCUCCUCCAGGUGUAGCUGUGUGGUUGUGUAGCUCUCUCUGUGUGUGUGUGUGUGAGCUCAGAGAAGAAGGCAUCCGCUGUGUUGUGUGUGUUUGUUGUCUUCCUCUUCACAACGUUAGCAAACUGCUGGGGGUUUGCGCCUUUUAAUUUGUCGAGAUAAGAGGAGCGCGACGCGACCAUGAGUUUCUUCAGCUUCGGACAGAGUGCAGAGAUCGACGUGGUGCUGAACGACGCCGAGACGCGGAAGAAAGCCGAGCACAAGACCGAGGAUGGGAAGAAGGACAAGUACUUCCUCUUCUACGACGGAGAGACCGUGAGUGGGAAAGUGAACGUCACGCUGAAGAGUCCCGGGAAGAGGCUGGAGCACCAGGGCAUCAAGAUCGAGUUCGUUGGUCAAAUAGAGCUGUAUUACGACAGAGGAAACCAUCAUGAGUUUGUCUCGCUGGUCAAAGAUCUGGCGAGACCUGGUGAAAUAACUCAGUCGCAGACCUUCGACUUUGAGUUCACUCAUGUUGAAAAACCUUACGAGUCCUACACAGGCCAGAAUGUCAAGCUAAGAUAUUUCCUUCGCGCCACAGUGAUCCGAAGACUAAAUGACAUCAGUAAAGAGAUGGACAUCGUGGUCCACACACUGAGCACUUACCCCGAACUCAACUCUUCCAUUAAGAUGGAGGUUGGAAUCGAAGAUUGUCUCCACAUCGAGUUUGAGUAUAAUAAAUCCAAGUACCAUCUGAAAGAUGUUAUUGUGGGGAAAAUCUAUUUCCUGUUGGUGAGGAUUAAGAUAAGGCACAUGGAGAUUGAUAUAAUCAAACGUGAGACAACAGGCACCGGCCCAAGUGUAUACCAUGAAAAUGACACUAUUGCCAAGUAUGAGAUCAUGGACGGCGCUCCUGUCAGGGGGGAAUCCAUUCCAAUCCGGUUAUUUCUGGCCGGUUAUGAUCUGACCCCAACGAUGCGAGACAUCAACAAGAAGUUCUCUGUGCGCUACUACCUGAACCUGGUGUUGAUCGAUGAGGAGGAGCGACGCUACUUCAAACAGCAGGAAAUCACACUGUGGAGGAAAGGCGACGUGGUCAGGAAAAGCAUGUCCCACCAGGCCGCCAUCGCCUCUCAGCGGUUCGAGGGCUCGGCGGCUUCGGAGAGCGCCCUGGAGCGGGCUGCGAGGGAGGAGAGCGGGUAGAGCCGCCGCACCCCCCGUCUCCUCACACAAGACUCAUCAGCGUCUGCGUCGGAGUAGUGAAGGCACCCGUCAACCGUACAUCAUCUCGUCAAGCAGCUGUUUUAUUGGGGAGGAAGAAGGGAGGCAGACAUGUGACCAAUGGAACCG